UCGCAGUAGAUCUUGCAGGUUCUAUUCCUAUCGGCUGCCAAAUUUAAUGCUCCGUUUCGUAGUCAUCCUUUUCCUUUCUUGGUAUCGUAAUCCUCGCGCAUCAUGCUCAGCGAUUAAGAUUGGCGUAGUGGUUAGUGAGUUCAACUACGGUUUUCAUGGUCUGAAAAUAGGGCGGCUCUAUUCCUGGUAAGAACACAAAUUCCCAAAACAUGCGACUUCAUGAGAUUUCACGAAAUAAUAACCAUCAACAAGCCUAAUCAAAUAGAAAAGUUGGCCCAAUGGUUAAAUGCCCCACCUUGGUUCCGUGAAGUCGUUGCAUCGAAGGUUCGAAUCUUGUUGGCUCCAUUUAAAGCACCUGAUCACACCUUGGCCAUAUUUUCAGAAUAUAAGAAACUUCCGUUCUCUUGCAUAAUCGAAGCAGGUUGACCCAGUUGGUAUUAGUACUGGACUCAUUUUGGCACAUCGUGGGUUCGAGCCCCACAUUCUGACAUUUGCAAAUCCAACCUUUUCCACAGGGAAAACGCGACCUUGAGCCCUAUAAGGCCAGGCGUCAGGCAGUACAGCCUACCAAUAGAUUUCCGACAAAAUGACCAGUUCAACUGUGAACGCCUUGCAACCUCCAUCACAAUCCGCAUAAGACCACCCAACUCCGUAC